AUGGUUGGAAACGGUGAUGAACCGGUCGAAUCGGCUGAGAAGAGAAUUAGACCAAAUGCAGGUGAAGAAGGUGAUGCAAGUCAAGAAGCUGGUACAAACAAUGCUGAAACUCAGACUGGGACAAACAAUGUUGAAACUCAGACUGGGACAAUCAAUGCACAAAAUCAGACUGAGACAAACAAUGCCCUAACAAGUAACUUAAAGAAUGGUAAGACAAAGAUGGCUGUCAAAUCAACUAGAAGGAGGUCAAGUGAGAGGAUAAAGGAGAACUGGUUCAAAAAACCUAAACAAUUCACAAGUCCUAGUUCUAACCCUGAUCAACCAAUAUGCAUGGACACUGAGGAAAGGGAGGCAUCAAAGACUACUCCUAAGAAGGCAGGGAAGGCUACUCCUAAGAAGGCUACUCCUAAGAAGACUACUCCAAAAAAGAAGUGA